CUUCAAAUUGGAGUAAGAAAGUAAAUACUUGUGAAGUUCAUAAUUUAUUUCUCUGAUCCGAUUUGAGAUAAAUAAUAGAGUAAAGUCGGUUGUUUUCCAUCCCAUGUCUUACUAGCAACUGGCAAAACAGAAGAAUAGGAGAGACGCCGGCCUAAGCAGCCGAAUUACCACCUGUGACCUGACAAACAAGAGCACCUUUUCUUGUUUUCAACUACAACUCCCUUGAUAUAAAUUCACAACACUUCAGAAAUUGUCAUCUCCGUUUUUUCUCCUAAAUCAGCUGUCCAAAUGAAGAACAAGUUUUUCCUCUGUUUUCGACCUCUUGAAGUUGCAGAGGACUCUCUUAUUCGCAAGCAUGGUGUUGAUCAUCACUCUUCUUCCAAAAAACAUCAUAAAGAAAAUCCAAUUUUGAAAACAAAAGGUAAGAGGCGUAGUAGUAGAAAAGACAAGUCAGUAUCAAAAGCAAGCUCUUCAUCAUCUGAACUUUCUUAUUCAACUUCAUCUUUAUCAUCAACUGCAUCAUCAUCUUCAACUUUUACAGAAGAUGACUUAUCAAGAUCAAACUCAAACUCAUCAAUCUCAUACGAGCAGAAAGACCCUAAAAAUGGUUCAGCAGAAUGUGACAAAUUAGUCAUGAAUUUUAGCUCGUUUUGUUUGUAUUUUUUUGUUUUCGUUUUGUUUUGCCUCAUCUAUAUGGGUAGGGUUUAUUCAAUAGUUGCAACAUCAUUAGGGCUAAUAGUUUUGACCUUAUUCGGACGCUGGAAAUUGGAAAACCCUAUGCAGUUGCAGGAAAUGAAGUAAGAAAACAGAGAAAGAAAUCCCUCUGUAGUCAGCAUGGUACGACAACGUUUAAUUUCUGAGUUUUUUUCAAUCAAUUGUGUAAGUUUCUUCUAGGUUUUUGUACACUAUCUUUUGCCGUGAAAUUCUCAGGCAUCACAAAUAGAAGGUAAAGGGGUUGAAGA